GCUUGCGCCAUUUCCGGCAGCCUAGAGUGUCUCCGCCCUUCCCGCCUCCCUUCUCCGAGCGUCUUAAACACAGGCAUUGGGCCUACAGUUCUGGGGGUACUUGGGGAGCGGGGGCAGAUCUGAUGAAUGACCCCUCCCCCCAGGUCCCAGAGGGAGAAGCCUCUACGUCUGUUUGCCGGCCCAAGAGUUUCAUGGCAUCCACCUCCCGCCGCCAACGCCGAGAGCGUCGCUUCCGUCGGUACUUGUCCUCCGGACGGCUGGUCCGGGCCCAGGCCCUCCUCCAGCGACACCCAGGCCUUGAUGUAGAUGCUGGGCAGCCCCCACCACUGCACAGGGCCUGUGCCCGCCACGAUGCCCCUGCCCUGUGCCUGCUGCUUCGGCUCGGGGCUGACCCUGCCCACCAGGACCGCCAUGGGGACACAGCGCUGCACGCUGCUGCCCGCCAGGGCCCAGAUGCCUACACAGACUUCUUCCUGCCGCUGCUUAGCCGCUGUCCCUCUGCCAUGGGAAUAAAGAAUAAGGAUGGGGAGACCCCUGGGCAAAUUCUGGGCUGGGGACCUCCCUGGGAUUCUGCUGAAGAGGAGGAAGAAGACGAGGCUUCCAAGGAACAGGAGUGGAGACAGAAGCUGCAGGGCGAGCUGGAGGACGAGUGGCAGGAGGUCAUGGGGAGGUUCGAAGGUGAGGAGUCCACUGCCAUCCACAGCUGCCCUCCUUCCCCACUGGCCGCGGGCCUGUGCCUCUGCAUGAGGGCGCCCCUCCUCUGUCUCCCUGCCACUCGGGGCCCACCACCUCCUCACAGCCUCCUUCCAACUACCCCCAUCCUGCCCUUCCAAACAGAUGACGCUUCCCGUGAGACCCAGGAACCCGAGUCCUUCUCAGCCUGGUCAGAUCGCCUGGCCCGGGAGCAUGCCCAGAAGCGCCAGCAGCAGCAGCAGCGGGAAGCAGAGGGAUCCUGUCGACCCCUGCGGGCUGAGGGCUCCAGUCAUAGCUGGCAGCAGCAGGAAGAGGAGCAGCGGCUCUUCCGCGAGCGAGCCCGGGCCAAGGAGGAAGAACUGCGUGAGAGCCAAGCCAGGAGGGCGCAGGAGGCUCGCGGGGACCAAGGGCCAGAGCCGGCCAGGGCCAGGCCCAGGGCAGAGCAUCCCAGAGGGGUGGGGAGGGGCAACCUCUGGCGCUUUGGCGAUGUGCCCUGGCCCUGCCCUGGGGGAGGGGACCCAGAAGCCAUGGCUGCAGCCCUGGUGGCCAGGGGCCCCCCCCUGGAGGAGCAGGGGGCUCUGAGAAGGUACUUGAGGGUCCAGCAGGUUCGCUGGCACCCUGACCGCUUCCUACAGCGAUUCCGAAGCCAGAUUGAGACCUGGGAGCUGGGCCGCGUGAUGGGGACAGUGACAGCCCUUUCUCAGGCCCUGAAUCGCCAUGCAGAGGCCCUCAAGUGACCCUAGGGAAAGAGCAAGAAACUUCGGGCAUGAAGCCUCAGGGCUGAGGCAGAAGGAAGGGUAAGGUCAAGGAUGGGGACUACAAGGAAGAGCCAGAUGCUGCCCAGCGGAGGACAUGGGUGGGAGCGAAACUUGUAACGAGCGGGGGUGGGGGGCACGGGCCACCACUGCUGCUCCUUGACUCUGCCAUUUCCUAAUAAGACCUGGUUCCACAUCUCA